AUGAAGGAAGUGUGGUGUGUUUGUGUUUCAGAGUUGAUGAUUCGGGCCAACGCCAUCCUCAUCCUCACCGUGGCCUGGAUCCUCGGCACCUUCUAUUACCUGUGGCAGGACAGCAAGCCUUCCUCCUCCUCCUCCUCCUCCUCCUCCUCCUCGUCGUCGGGCUCCCAGCUGAAGAACCACGGGCAGAAAGGGAGGCUGGAGGAGCGCACUCUUCCUCUGAUCGUGACUCAUGCACCAAAGCUGGAGCAGCAGAGUCAGCUCUUGGGCCAGUUUGAUGAAAAGGCUUUUCUAUCCAGUAAGCAGCUGAAGACAGGUGAGGAUCCGUACAGAGAACAUGCAUUCAACCUGCAGGAGAGCGACCGACUGGGCAGCGAACGUGCCAUCAGAGACACACGCCACUAUCGAUGUGCCUCCGUGACCUUUGACCCUGACCUGCCGCCCACCAGCAUCAUCAUCACUUUUCACAAUGAGGCACGCUCCACCCUGCUGCGCACUAUUAAAAGUGUACUGAUGAGAAGCCCACCUCACUUGAUACAGGAAAUUAUCCUUGUGGAUGACUUCAGCUCCAACCCUGAAGACUGUCGACUGCUCUCUCAGAUCCCGAAGGUGCGCUGCCUGAGAAACGAGCGCCGGGAAGGUCUGAUCCGGUCUCGUGUAAGAGGGGCUUCAGCGGCUUCGGCCUCCAUCCUCACCUUCCUGGACAGUCACUGUGAGGUCAACACAGACUGGCUGCAACCCAUGAUCCAGAGAGUCAAAGAGGAUCACACGCGGGUGGUCAGUCCCAUCAUUGAUGUGAUCAGUCUGGAUAAUUUUGCCUACCUGGCCGCUUCUGCAGACCUGAGAGGAGAAUGCAAUGAGAUCACUCCAUACAGUAUUGCAGAUCGGCUUGCAUUAAGACGGAAGUUGAACUGUAACUCUUUCCGCUGGUAUCUUGAGAAUGUAAUCCCCGAGCAGGAAGUGGCGUACAGUCUUCUGAAGCAAAUUGGCGUCACAGUCUUCUACAAAUGGAAGCCCAGAGGUCCGGCGCUGCAGCACAUGAUCAGUGGAUUGUGUCUGGAUAGCCAGCCUCCUUCAGGCCCGCCGCUCGUCGCUCAGUGCCGCCCCCAGGUGGCCAGCCAAUCCUGGGAGCCGCAGCUGGUCACCUGA